AUCAGCACUCACGCACCGAAAUCAAAAUAUUAAUAUACAGACAGCAGUGACAACAUCACACACUGUUAUUAUAUCUAAUUAAAUACUAAUAAGCGAUUAAAUAAGACUGUCCAUCCGACACCGAAGACUGUUCGACGAGUUUGGAAUAGUCUCUUUGAAUUAAGAAAGCUGUUAAUAUUUGCAAUGGAAGGCCUUCAUUUCCAUUGCCUGAACUGUGUGAACCGACGAUGUAUGAUAAGAACAGAGGCUAGCAUUUCCUGUGACCUCAUGGGUUGCCCACUUGUGUGUGGGGCUGUUUUCCACUCAUGCAAACUGAAUGAACACCUUUUACUGUGCCCUUAUGAAAGAGUGCCAUGUCUGAACUUUGGAUUUGGAUGUCCAUUUACAAUUGCCAGGGUGAAAAUGGCACAACACCUUAAAACGUGCCCAGCUAGUGUUGUAUGUUGCACUAUGGAAUGGAAUCGAUGGCCGGUUAGUUAUGCAGAUAGCAAGUCCUAUGAGAACUUGAGUAAGGAUGUUUGUGAUGUGGAGCAGCUUGACAUGGCUUUGGCUCUACAGGAUCAGCGUAUGUUACUAGAAUCUCUUAAAGUCGCAACCACUGUGACAAAAAACGUUGAAGAGCAAAAUCAGGAAAAUGAAAGGUUGAACUCGGAUACGGAAAAUAAAUUGAUCAAAACAGAUGAGGAACCAUUCGGUCAACCGUACAUUGCUUCUGUUGAAAACAGUGUAGUUUUAGCAGAAACUUUGGACAUUCUCAGUAGUGCAAAGAAUAUUGACUUGAUCGUAGACAAUUGCAAUGGUGAGGAAGAGAAUGGAGCUUGCACCAAUUUCAGGAAUGGAGAUGGGGACCCUAGGAGUGACGCCAUGAAAGAAAGUGACACGGAUUCAGACUCUGAGUUGGGAGCUGUUGGUGGAGCUGACUGUCCUUUUCCUGUAGACCCUGAAGAAGAAGGAGAUGAUUGUUUAGGAAACAAUGGAUAUGGUGAGUCUUCUGAGGAAGAAGAGGAAGAGAAUGGUGGAAUAGAACCUAAUGGAUAUCAUGAUGAAGGGAAUGAUGACAACCUGGUCAAACUUAAAAAGGUUCUUCUGGAUGGAGCUGCAACGAUCAGUGGUUCCUCAAACGUUAGGCAAGUGUUGCCAUAUCAUUCAAUGCCUAUUGUAGCACGGGAGCCAGAAAUGGCCCCUUUGGCCCAACUACCUCUCCCUUUGCCCAUUGCUUUGCCUAACCUGAUGCACAACAAUGUUCUGCACCAUUUGCAUUUUCGAAUUGAAGACAGAUGGUUGGAGCGCAAAUUGGAGAACCUCCAGGUACUCAGGGGCAUGAGUUUGUUUACAAUCAAUGGGCGGAGGAGUCUGUUUUCUGACCCCUAUUUAUUCAAAGCCAAGAUGGAGGAUAAGGCAGUGGACACAUCGGACCUUGACGUGGCAGAUGAUCCAAUGGGCCUGCAUGGCAUUGACCUCAUCACCGCUGCCUUGCUCUUCUGUUUGGGUGACUCGCCUGGUGGCAGAGGCAUCUCGGACAGCCGUUUUGUUGAUGGGUAUCGCAUUGACUUCGGUACACAGACCUUCUCUCUCCCUUCUGCCAUAUUGGCUACAAACACCAUGGUUGGCGAUAUUGCCUCUGCUUCUGCCUGUGAUCAUGCCAGUCCACAAUUGUCCAACCCAAGUCCAUUCCAUACCCUGAGGUUAGACUUGGUUCUGGAGUGCGUGGCUCGCUAUCAAACCAAGCAACGCUCAAUGUUUACCUUUGUGUGUGGACAGUUGUUUCGUAGGGAUGAGUUUUCCUCCCAUUUUAAGAAUGUUCAUGGGGACAUCCAUGCAGGUCUUAAUGGAUGGAUGGAGCAAAGAUGCCCACUGGCAUACUAUGGAUGCACAUACUCACAAAGAAGAUUCUGUCCCUCAGUACAAGGUUUCAGAAUAAUCCAUGACAGACAUUUGGGCUCAUUUGGCAUGCAGCCAGGUCUAGCAGAGUGUUCAGAUGAACCUCUCUCCAGAAACACCUGUCAGUUUGACUCCCACUGUGACCACCUUAGUGACAUGCCCUUUGAGUUACUCCAGCAUAUUGCAAGCUUCCUAGAUGGUUUUAGCCUGUGCCAACUGUCCAGAGUGUCUCGCACCAUGAGGGAUGUGUGUGCCAGUUUACUUCUGUCCCGUGGUAUGGUAGUCCUCCUCUGGGUGAAGACACAACGUGCUGAUGGAACGUCAUCCUGGCAGAUACAAGACAAGGUGUGGCGGUUCAGUACAGCUUUUGACACUGUGAAUGAGUGGAAGUUUGCUAACAUUUCCAGCAUGGCGGAUCACCUGAAGACAUGCAAGUUCAACACAGUAUCGCACCGGGAAGACGCGGUCCCUCUACCAUGUAUGAGUUUCACGAGAGAACUCACAAAGGAGGGGCGCUCACUGCGAUCAGUGCUAAAACCCGUGAUAUAGGCUGUAAUCAAAUGCAAACAGAAAAUAUUUUCCAGUUUGACAGAAGAGGAUUACAUUUCAUUUUAUAAUAUAGCAUGCCUUAUCUGUUUAAGUUAAGCUUUAUAAUGUACAGAAUUUUUAUGGCAAAGUAAAAUAAAACUGGAGCCUCAAAUUAAACCACUUUUGGAAGAGAUUUUUCUAAUAAACAAUAUCUACCUGUUUGAUGUAAAGAUAAUGGUUAUAUUGCCUGCAUAUUUUGAUACAAUAUAUUUGGAAAUGUUUUUGAGUUUCAUUGUUUUUGUUGAGAUAUGUAGACUCAGACUAGAAAAAAAUUGUUAAAUAGUAAUGACCAAUUGUAAUUGUCAACAUUUAGUAAUGCAGGAGUUCAAGAUGUGUUUGAUCAGUGGUUCUCAAUUGGUUUGCUUCCAGAUUUUACAUUGGACAUCUAGUGGCGAAACAACACAGCACCUGGCGUGACCUAUAUUUAAUAUAAUCUGGUCAUGUAUUCUUUUACCUUGCAUAAUUUUAAUGGUUUCUGAGGAUGGGAACAUGUCAUUCAACAUGUCAUGUUAACAUCUUAACAUCUUAUUUGACUAACUUCUACUAAGAUGAAUUUGCUCUAAAAUAUUAUAGAGUUUUAUUGGACAUACAGACGUCAACAAGUAAAGGCAUUUAUUUAGGAAACCUUGGUUUAUUGCAUUAUAUUAUUUGCAUUUAGCAUUGUUUUUUGCUAGUGUCUGUGAAACUAUCAGAACAGAUCUGCAACCCAUUUUGAGGUCAAGGCCCAGUUGAGAACCACUGAUACCUGAUUGUACAUUUAAAAAUCAAUUCGUUUUAGGCAUUUUUCAUUUUUACCACUCAGUUGAAAAUAACAUAUAGCAGUUAAGUCUCUGAGAAACAUUUAUGCCUUUACAUUUUACCAACAUACAACAUCCCGUACUUGAUACCCUCAAACACAGCACUUCCACUAGAAUCUUCUGUCUUUCAGAAAGUAAACAAACAUUGAUUAUGUCGGCCGACUAUUAAUGUUUGUGCCAUUAUGUUGAAUUCCGGGGCAAAGGACUCAUCCAAAAAUGUACUGUAUUGAUGUCAACGGUAUGUGCUGUAUGGCAAAACUUAUUUCUCAUUACAAUCUUUGUGAUUUUGAGUCAAUGUACCAAAACCUGCAGGACAGGUACAAGACUGCAGUGCUUCUAAACAGUGCAUCUGCAGAUAUUCUUCUCUGUAUAUCAGGAGUUUAAUAUGAAACAUAUGCCAUUAUAGAGGGCUUUGUUUGUGACAAAGAAACAGUUUUUUGUGAUGCUCUUCGAAUAUAACUUAAAACAAGCCAGUGUUUACGGUUUCUACAGAGUUCAGUUUUUCCUUAUUUGUUUUUUUAGGUGUACAGUUAAAAUGUAAAAUUUGAAUUUGGAGAGGAAAUAAUUAUCCAUACCUGUUGAGUAGACAUGUUGUAAAAUCUGAAUAACAUGCUUUACAUUCUACAGCCAGAGCUCCUGAUAUUUAUGUGUAGUGGUUUAUAUAGAGCAAUAUUCUGAAACGUUCAAAUUUCUGAACAUUCUUCAAGCGUCUUUGAACUUUGAAGAGCGAAACAGUGCUUAUAUAUGAGACUUUACCAGUCGAUGUGCGCCAUGUUAUAAUGUAUAUGUUGAAGUGAUUUAUUUAUCUCUAAAGGAACAAAAUGCAUUUAUAUAACAUGUAAACACAGUGUGGGAGCACAUUUUGGAACAAUUGUGAAUAGUAUGAAUUUAUUGAAAUAUUACUAUAAUUCUCAAUGUUUUCCUACCUUUACAUAGGCCCUAUAAACAAGAAUGAGGGGAAUCAGGAUUUUAAAUUAGAGCCCAAGAGGUUGAUAACAAAUUGUGCCGUUUGUUUACUUGUUUGGAAGAGGUCGGUUUAUUCAAUAUGUGGUUUGCACCUUUACUUUGAAAAUAAGCAUAUAGUUAAUUUAAUGCCAUCUCCAAACACUGAGGCUGAGUUUGGAAUGUCCUACAAUCUCACUACUUUUACUAUUUCUGCCUUAGGUAGAAAUGGCAGAAGUUGCAUGGGUAGUGUGCCAUUUCAAACUCAGCAUGGCACUUGCCAUAUAGUUCUAUUAUUGUGUUGUUUGUGACCUCAUGCAUGCUAGUGCACAAAAUCCUCGUUUUCUGUUGUUAAGAAUCCAAAUGUUUGAUGUUUACCUGGGUAAAUGAACCUAAGCUGUUUUUUCAUCUUAUCAUCAUUUGCGUUUUGUUAGUAUUGUUUAUCACAUUUUAAAGAGAUCCAAUCACUGGUGUGAUGCUUGACUAAGCACAAGAUAGGCCAAGCCAAGUUUCAAAUAUUUAAAAUUAAAUCAUUAUGCAAAGUUAAAAGAAAUUAGUUUGCCAUUGUAUGAAAUCAAUCACUUAACAUUUGGUCAACCUCCUGCUACACUAAUUGUUUUAAAUUGAACUGUUUAAUUAUUAAAUAUAAAAAUGAAUGGAUCAAAAUGUAUUGCUUAAGUGUAUGAUGAUGUGGUUCCACUUUAUAUUUAAAAUACCUCUA